CGCGCUGCCGCGGCCUGGGAGCCGAGCCGGGCGGGCGGGGCGGCCGGGACGGGCGGGGUGGGAGCGGCCGGGCCCCGGGUGUAUACGGCCGCCAGACGCGCGUGGCCGGGCAGCGGGGAAGUGGGCGCUGACGGUUGACAGGGAAGCUGCCCCACCCCCGCCAGAGCAGCAUGGAUGCCCCCCGAAGGGACAUGGAGUUGCUCAGCAACAGCCUGGCUGCCUUCGCACACAUCCGCGCUAACCCCGAGAGCUUUGGCCUCUACUUCGUGCUGGGCGUCUGCUUUGGCCUGCUGCUAACCCUGUGCCUACUAGUCAUCAGCAUCUCCUGCGCGCCCCGCCAGCGGCCCCGGGGCCCUGCCCCGCGCCGGGACCCCCGCAGCAGCACCCUGGAGCCCGACGACGACGACGAGGACACGGUGACGCGGCUGGGCCCCGACGACACGCUGCCGGGUCCCGAGCAGUCCGCAGAGCCCGACGGGCCCCUGAGCGUCAACGUCUUCACGUCGGCAGAGGAGCUGGAGCGAGCACAGCGCCUAGAGGAGCGGGAACGGAUCCUGCGGGAGAUUUGGCGCACAGGGCAGCCCGACCUGCUGGGCACCGGCACUUUGGGGCCCAGCCCCACGGCCACAGGCACCCUGGGCCGCAUGCACUAUUACUGACCCGCCACCGCUCCCGCUGCAAGGCGCUCUAGGUACUGGACAUGCACGUGUGCUCACGGCUGCCCCAGGACCUUGGGACUGCCCCUGCCCACGGUGCUAUGGAGGCCCCUCCCCCACGACUCCCUCGGUGCUAUUGAGCCUGGAUUCCCCCCUCUGGGAAGCAUCCUUCCUCUGUCCUGCCAGAGGCCCUGGGGGAAGGGCAGGACACAGGGGCCCCACCCUCUCUCUGGGUUAACGUUAAGAGGUAAAGUGACCAAUGACAUCUUCA